AUGGUUAGCAGUGUGUUUGACCCCCUUGGUUUCCUGGGUCCAUUCAUGUUGCCUGCCAAACGCAUACUUCAGGAGUUGUGCAAACUUCAGCUGGGAUGGGAUGAGCAAAUUCCUGAGGUGUACUCAGCCCGAUGGCGCCUAUGGUUACAGGAUCUUGAGAAGCUCUCGUCGUUCACUGUGGACAGAUGCAUGAAACCAGCAGAAUUUGGAUCAGUGACAUCUGCUCGGUUACAUCAUUUUUCUGAUGCCAGUGAAGUCGGCUAUGGUGUAGCAACCUACUUGCGACUGGAAAACUCUGAAGGGAAAGUUCAUUGCUCCUUCCUUUUGGGUAAAUCACGAGUAUCGCCACUGAAACAAAUCACUAUACCGCGAUUAGAGCUGACUGCGGCCACAGUAGCAGUUCGGAUGGACAAAAUGUUGAAGGACGAACUAGACGUGACUGUUGGUCCAUCUAUGUUUUGGACGGACAGCAUGACCGUGUUGCGUUACAUACAGAAUCGCACCGCAAGAUUCCACACCUUUGUUGCCAACAGGAUUGCCGUGAUCCACGAGGGGUCGGAGCCCAUUCAGUGGCGGUAUGUCAACACGAAGGUUAACCCGGCAGAUCAGGCCUCCAGAGGUAUCAACUCCACCGCGUUGCUCAGGAACAGUGAGUGGAUAAGUGGACCGCAAUUCUUGUGGACAGCAGAAGAUGACUGGCCGGGAGAUAUACCAGGAAGUACGGACGACGUUCUAUCUGGCGACCCAGAAGUUAAGAGCGUGACGGUCAACACAGUAAAGGUGGGAGAAGUAGUUGCAGACAGCAGUGUCACCACAGCCGUGGACAAGCUCAUCAACUAUCAUUCUUCCUGGUACACACUUAAACGAAGUGUAGCCUGGAUCAUUAAGAUUCGAACACAUCUGCUCGAAAGACACCAAAAUGAUGAACAGCGUGUCAGUGGGAAUACUCCCAAAGUGGUGCGUGUUACGGUUGAAGACAUGCAUGAGGCCGAAAUGGCUAUCUUGAGAUAUGUUCAACAACAAGCAUUUGCUGGGGAAAUAAGCACCUCGAGAGAGGGCGUGGUGUGA